AUGGCCCACGUGCCAUCAGGCAACUCUACCAACUCCAUCCCAGGUCCGAGAUCUGACGGGGGUGUCGCCAUAUAAGAUGAACCUUCACCCUCCGGCAGAGGAUCAUCUGCAUACAGUCUACCUUCACCCUCCAUCAGAGGAUCAUCUGCAUACAGUCUACCUUCACCCUCCAUCAGAGGAUCAUCUGCAUACAGUCUACCUUCACCCUCCAUCAGAGGAUCAACUGCAUACAGUCUACCUUCACCCUCCGGCAGAGGAUCAACUGCGUACAGUCUACCUUCGCCCUCUGGCAGAGGAUCAACUGCGUACAGUCUAACUUCACCCUCCGGCAGAGGAUCAACUGCGUACAGUCUACCUUCGCCCUCUGGCAGAGGAUCAACUGCGUACAGUCUACCUUCGCCCUCUGGCAGAGGAUCAACUGCGUACAGUCUACCCACACCCGUCAUUUCCUCUCAGCCUUUGACUGGGUUUUGCUGCUCUCCAGCUGCCUGUGGUUGAGGCCGCUUGCUGUUCUUAUUCCGCUUCUUCAUCUUCCUUGUCUCAGUGUUACCAUAGCUCUGUCUGGAGACUGGAGGAGUCACCAGGUCAUACUGACUAGGCUCAUUCACGACACCAUCAAGCCCUUUUUAACCCGUUUGCCUCUCUUGGUUUGAUAUACCCUGGUCUGAAUGAGAAAGAGCAUUGUUUAAGACAGUGCAUUGAUCAUCAUUUGCUCACACACACAUAAUAUGCACAUGCAUUUAUACUGACUCUACACACACCGACUCACAUACAAUCAUCAUUAAUGCUGCUGCUACUCUGUUUAUCAUAUAUUCUAAUGCUUAGUCACCUUACCCCUAUACAUAGCUACCUCUAUCAAUCCAGUAUCCCUGCACAUUGUAAAUAUGGUACUGGAACUUCUUAUUUGUUAUUUUAUUUAUCUUGUUCUACCUUGUUAUUUUCAGUAUUACAUUGUUAUUGAUUACUGCAUUGUUGAGGUUAGAGCUUGCAAGAAAGGCAUUUCACUGUACUUGUGCAUGUGACAUUAAACCUUGAAACUGAUUGUUGUCGAAGGAGAAUCAGCCUGAAGGAUGUGGAUGAGUCCAACAGAUACCUGUAUGCUUCCAAGUUAUGCUCACAUUCCUCUCGGUCUACAAUUACCAUAUUCAUGAAUUGUUGCACAAAAAGCUGGUUUCCAUAAUGGUUUGUGUCCAUGAAUUUUUUCUCAUUCAUAGGUAAGCUAUAUAAAACCUUGCAGAGAGCCUAUCCAACUGACAAUCUCUUGAAAAAUAUACAAGCUAUUGGAACCAAGACUUAAAAAGAACUGAUAUUGGCACAAGAUGGAGGGAAUGUUGGAACAUAACUAACGAAAUUACAGUUAGCGAAAAUUAAGACAAAAUUAACAAAUUCUACAGCACAACGGCAGCGUCAUGUCUUAAGUGUAAAACUAACAAUGACUCAAUAAUCCAUGCCUUCUGGCAAUGUUAUAAAGUCCAAAAGAUAUGGGCGAAGUUAGAAAGUUGGCUGUCAGAAGUAGUAUUACAAUGUAAAUGUACUUUUAACCCGUCUGUCUGCAUAUUUCAAGACAUGGCAUAUGAGGGUGCAGUGAGAUACCCAAUGGAUUGGAUGAUACUUUUGAAAAAACGUAUACUUAAAAACAGAAAAUCAACCAAUCCUCCGUCGUUAACACAAUGGAAAGGUCAAAUGCUUUAUUAUCUAAACGUUGAAAAUGCACGGGUGACGGAGAGAAACAAAAUGGUGCAGUUUGAGGUCAUGUGGCGGAGAGGGAUGCGGGCGCUGGAGAUGAGGGUGUGAGCAUGUGGGUCUGGGCAGGUGUGAUGCAGUUGAUGUUUGUGUGAUGUUGUCGUUUGUGUACAGUGCCUUGCAAAAGUAUUCACCCCCCUUGGCGUUUUUCCUAUUUUGUUGCAUUACAACCUGUAAUUUAAAUUGAUUUUUAUUUGGAUUUCAUGUAAUGGACAUACACAAAAUAGUCCAAAUUGGUGAAGUGAAAUGAAAAAAAUAACUUGUUUCAAGAAAUUGAAAAAAAAUAAUAACGGAAAAGUGGUGCGUGCAUAUGUAUUCACCCCCUUUGCUAUGAAGCCCCUAAAUAAGAUCUGGUGCAACCAAUUACAUUCAGAAGUCACAUAAUUAGUUAAAUAAAGUCCACCUGUGUGCAAUCUAAGUGUCACAUGAUCUGUCACAUGAUCUCUGUGUAUAUAUACACCUGUUCUGAAGGCCCCCAGAGUCUGCAACACCACUAAGUAAGGGGCACCACCAAGCAAGCGGCACCAUGAAGACCAAGGAGCUCUCCAAACAGGUCAGGGACAAAGUUGUGGAGAAGUACAGAUCAGGGUUGGGUUAUAAAAAAUUAUCCAAAACUUUGAACAUCCCACGGAGCACCAUUAAAUCCAUUAUUAAAAAAUGGAAAGAAUAUGGCACCACAACAAACCUGCCAAGAGAGGGCCGCCCACCAAAACUCAUGGACCGGUCAAGUAGGGCAUUAAUCAGAGAGGCAACAAAGAGACCAAAGAUAACCCUGAAGGAGCUGCAAAGCUCUACAGCGGAGAUUGGAGUAUCUGUCCAUAGGACCACUUUUAGCCGUAUACUCCACAGGGCUGGGCUUUACGGAAGAGUGGCCAGAAAAAAGCCAUUGCUUAAAGAAAAAAAUAAGCAAACACGUUUGGUGUUCACCAAAAGGCAUGUGGGAGACUCCCCAAACAUAUGGAAGAAGGUACUCUGGUCAGAUGAGACUCAAAUUUAGCUUUUUGACCAUCGAGGAAAACGCUAUGUCUGACGCAAACCCAACACCUCUCAUCACUCCGAGAACACCAUCCCCGCAGUGAAGCAUGGUGGUGGCAGCAUCAUGCUGUGGGGAUGUUUUUCAUUGGCACGGACUGGGAAACUGGUCAGAAUUGAAGGAAUGAUGGAUGGCGCUAAAUACAGGGAAAUUCUUGAGGGAAACCUGUUUCAGUCUUCCAGAGAUUUGAGACUGGGACGGAGGUUCACCUUCCAGCAGGACAAUGACUCUAAGCAUACUGCUAAAGCAACACUUGAGUGGUUUAAGGCUCUGUCCAGGCUCUGUCGUAGCCGGCCGCGACCGGGAGACCCAUGGGGCGGCGCACAAUUGGCCCAGUGUCGUCCAGGGUAGGGGAGGGAAUGGCCGGCAGGGAUGUAGCUCAGUUGGUAGAGCAAGGGCGUUUGCAACCCCAGGGUUGUGGGUUCAAUUCCUACGGGGGGCCAGUAUGAAAAAAUAAAAAAUAAAAUAAUGUAUGCACUCACUAACUGUAAGUCGCUCUUGUUAAGAGCGUCUGCUAAAUGACGUAAAUGUAAAUGUUAAGGAGAAACAUUUAAAUGUCUUGGAAUGGCCUAGUCAAAGCCCAGACCUCAAUCCAAUUGAGAAUUUGUGGUAUGACUUAAAGAUUGCUGUACAGCAGCGGAACCCAUCCAACUUGAAGGAGCUGGAGCAGUUUUGCCUUGAAGAAUGGGCAAAAUUUAUAGAGACAUACCCCAAGAGACUUGCAGCUAUAAUUGCUGCAAAAGGUGGCUCUACAAAGUAUUAACUUGGAGGGGGGGUGAAUAGUUAUUUCUUGUUUGUUUCACACCCCCCAAAAAAAUUUGCAUCUUCAAAGUGGUAGGCAUGUUGUGUAAAUCAAAUUAUACAAACCCCCCCAAAAAUCUAUUUUAAUUCCAGGUUGUAAGGCAACAAAAUAGGAAAAAUGCCAAAGGGGAUGAAUACUUUCACAAGCCACUGUAUGUUCUGUAUUGUUAUUUAAAAAAUAUAUAUCUCUCACCAAAACCAUAUAAUUGUUUCUCAUUGGUUACAUAAUGUGUUUUUGUUGAAUAUUGUUAUGAUAAGCAGCAACUGUACCUCUUCUCUGAAAACUGACCUCUCUCUCUCUCUAUUUUCCCUCUCCAGUCACAGAUGAAGACACUGUCAAGAGAUACUACGCCAAGUUUGAGGAGAAGUUUUUCCAGAAUUGUGAGAAGGAGCUUUUGAAGAUCAACACAUUCUAUUCAGGUAGGCCUAUUUGAUGGAGCAGUGCUGCUAUGCUAGUGCUGUGUUCCUCUGUAGCUCAGUUGGUAGAGCAUGGCGCUUGUAACGCCAGGGUAGUGGGUUCAAUCCCCGGGACCACCCAUACGUAAAAAUUUAUGCACACAUGACUGUAAGUCGCUUUGGAUAAAAGUGUCUGCUAAAUGGCAUAUUAUGCUAUGCGAGUUAUUCUCUCUGACUAAGUGAGACCAUCCUGUUGAUUGGCCGUGAGCAUCUGCAGUUUGCCCACUCACAGUAGGCUAACAUUUAAUGCCAUAACUGUCAGCCUGCAGUGCAUAGCCAGUAAUUGCCUUGACAUCUUGCACAUGUAUACAUUUGUACAUUGAGUGUCAUGUAGAGUGAUGAGCUUUACUUGUGUGCCAACUAAGUGACGUUUUGUCUAAUGCGGGCACUUUGAUUUAAGCAUGGCUGACCAAAUUAGCAAAGGAAGCCUGGUUUAUUUCAGGAUGGGAGUAUAUAUGCCUCAUUUAACAUGAGAUGUUAUAUACAGUACUGCUUAAAAACCUUUGCUCUGAGGUAUCAGGAAACAUUGCUGCCCCUAGAGGCUGUUUGUAGAACUGCAUUUAAUGGGCUGAUGCCUCCUGGCAACAUAGACAUUCGAUAUAUUCUGAAUCUGUACUAACGAGCACAUACUUUAUUGGUAAUGAUAGGAGUUAGAUGGGAAGCCAACAAAGUAUACAGAAGGUGCAUUAAUUAGUGUCCACUUUAAUUUGCCUUUCCUUAAAGUCUGAAAGAUGUUUAAACUCCAUGUUUUUCUUCUCCAAUAAACAUCCCCUCUCCCCUCCCCUUGAGGCUUUGCCAGAAGAUGAAAUAAACUCAGGCCAGGUUGGACUGCCAAAUAGAACUGGGACUCUGACCAAAAUCAUGUUGCUCCUCGCUUUUAUCUCCCCUGAAAAACAAGGAUUUCCCAUCCGUUCUAAAAUGACUUAGGGGGAUGGGGUAUCCAAAAUGGGGGAGGGGGGUGUAACUUUUUUCUUUGCUUUGGGGAGGAUUGUGUAGUUUUUUAUUGGGCACAGGGGAGGGUAUAGUGUAUUGUAAUAUUUGUGGUCUCCAUUAUUUCUCUCUUACUAGCCUACGGCAUCCUCUCCAGCCACUCUGAACAACAUAUUGUAAUGAAACAAGCAGGGAGAGUGAGCUUGUCCACGUGGUCGGCGAACCCUCAACCUUCUGGCCCGUAGCCCAGCGUGGCAUGGACUGUGCAUGCCACAAGAAGUGGUGGUGUCGAUAGUGGUUGUGUCGAUAUGAGCGAUUAUAAACACAGGGUUGCUACCUUAAUGCUAAGGCAGUUACUGUGGUCACAAUCAUUAUUGAGGUAAUUCAAUGAAGGGUAAUGUAUUUAUUUUCAAGUGACAACUGGAGUUGGACCCCCCCUCCCACUUAGUAGUGCUGAGUGAUUAGUGCUCUUUGAGGUUGGUUCGGUUUCGGUUUGAUUAUUCAAAAAUAAUGACAGUUUUCGAUUUCGGUGUCUUUAUUUUUUAUUUUUUUCGAAAUACACUAUGCAUUAUGUGGGUUGAAUACUGUAACAACACAGAAUAAAACAAUUAAUAAAAGUCUCCAUGAUGGUAGUGACUGCACAUUACUGCUUAUCACUUAUUAACCAUCAUGUAUUCACAUUACUUCACUUUAAUAAAAUAUUUCAGUUGUGUAUAUUACAUUUGUUUUAUUUGAUGACUUUAUUAUGUCAUUCCAAGUCAUCCUCUCAUCUCUAUAGAGCUGAUGCCUAUGCUGUCUAACUAAAACACUAUUUUAGUAGUUCUUCAAAGUAAAUAAGGCAUACUUUUAUGACUGCUGAAUACCAACUAUCAAUCACUCAUGUAUUUUCAGGUAGAGAUACUUAGCGAAGCAACUGCUCUCUAUCCCAGGGUGUCUGCGGGUCCUUAUAUUAAUUUAAGUCUUUGUUUUCGAAGGCUUUUUACCGGAGAUGGUGUUUCCGUUUAUAUUAUGCCACUGCUAAAUUGUUGCCACAACGGCAAAAAUAGAAAACAUCAAAUGAUACUCCUACCAAGGCGCACUUUCAAAAUGCUAGAGCUAGAGAGCUACGGUAUCUACAUGUGUGUGCCAGUGCGAGUCAGGUCGUUGCCAGAGGAGAGGGAAGAUAGAAUUUGAUUUAUACAAUUUGAUAGACAACAACAACACCAACUAGAUAGCCAAUUGGAAACAGCUUGUAGCUUGGCUAGUUUGCUAGCUAGCCAUUAGUUUGCUCUCGGUGACCCAAGGCAUUAACAAGGCAUUCUGCCUUAUCCCAAGGGUUCUCAGCUAUAAGCACCACUUACCUGUGGGACCAUGUGAACUACAAUCCCGACGCUCUGUUUUAACGUUUCGAUUGUGAUACGUUCUUCUAAACAUAUGGAACUUUUCUUUCAUAUCAGCGUGAAAGAUACACUUACUGUAGCAGGUUUGCACAGAUCCAUAUGGCUGUGUGCCUCCAGCCGAGGAACAACACUCCCACUACACUUCCUCCAGUUACGCUUACACAGAGGUGUUUGAGCACGCUAGAUAGCUAAUUAGCACAGGUGGUCGUAGUGAUGGGAAGUAAGGCUCUUUUUACUGACUCUGAUCUUUUCAACUCGUUCUGUACCGAAUCAAUGUGCGGGGUACAGGUUAGUCGAGGUAAUUUGUACAUGUAGGUAGGGGUAAAGUGACUAUGCAUAGAUAAUAAACAGCGAGUAGUUGGUGUCAAUGUAAAUAGUCUGGGUGGCCAUUUGAUUAAUUGUUCCGCAUUCUUAUGGCUUGGGGGUCGAAGCUGUUAAGGAGCCUUUUGGACCUAGACUUGGCGCUCCUGUACUGCUUGCCGUGUGGUAGCAGAGAGAACAGUCUAUGACUUGGGUGACUGGAGUCUUUGACAAUUUUUUUGGGCCUUCCUCUGACACCGCCUAGUGUAUAGAGGUCCUGGAUGGCAGGAAGCUUGGCCCCAGUGAUGUACUGGGCCGUACGCACUACCCUCUGUAGCGCCUUACGGUCGGAUGCCAAGCAGUUGCCAUACCAGGUGGUGAUGCAACCGGUCAGGAUGCUCUCGAUGGCUCAGCUGUAUAACCUUUUGAGGAUCUGGGGACCUAUGCCAAAUCUUUUCAGUCUCCUGAGGGGGAAAAGGUGUUGUCAUGCCCUCUUCACGACUGUCUUGGUGUGUUUGGACCAUGAUAGUUUGAAACUCUCUACCCGCUCCACUACAGCCCCGUCGAUGUUAAUGUGGGCCUGUUCGGCCCUCCUUUUCCUGUACUCCACGAUCAGCUCCUUUGUCUUGCUCACAUUGAGGGAGGGGUUGUUGUCCUGGCACCACACUGCCAGGUCUCUGACCUGCCAGGUCUCUCCCUAUAGGCUGUUUCAUUGUUGUCGGUGAUCAGGCCUACCACUGUUGUGUCGUCAGCAAACUUAAUGAUGGUGUUGAAGUCGUGCUUGGCCACGCAGUCUUGGGUGAACAGGGAGUACAGGAGGGGACUAAGCACGCACCCUUGAGGGGCCCCAGUGUUGAGGAUCAGCGUGGCAGAAGUGUUGUUGCCUACCCUUACCACCUGGGGGCGGCCCGUCAGGAAGUCCAGGAUCCAGUCCUUAGCUUAGUGAUGAGCUUUGUGGGCACUAUGGUGUUGAACGCUGAGCUGUAGUCAAUGAACAGCAUACUCACAUUGGUGUUCCUUUUGACCAGGUGGGAAAGGGCAGUGUGCAGUGCGAUUGAGAUUGUGUCAUCUGUGGAUCUGUUGGGGCGGUAUGCGAAUUGGAGUGGGUCUAGGGUUUCUGGGAUGAUGGUGUUGAUGUGAGCCAUGACCAGCCUUUCAAAGCACUUCAUGGCUACCGACGUGAGUGCUACGGGGCGGUAGUCAUUUAGGCAGGUUACCUUCACUUUCUUGGGCAUAGGGACUAUGGUGGUCUGCUUGAAACAUGUAGGUAUUACAGACUCGGUCAGGGACAGGUUGAAAAUGUCAGUGAAGACACUUGCCAGUUGGUCCGCGCACCCCAUAGUAAUUUGCGAAGAGUCCCUAAGCAUAUCUAGCAGACGUCUGAGUCACAUCAAGGCUAGACACCAGGCCUUAUUAUAAUUGAAAGCAGUCUGGCUCGAUGUAGGCUAUAAUGAAAUCUAUAGUGAAGGUUGUUUUCAGCAGUGUUGGGUCUUAUUAGCAGUCAUGUAGCCCAUCCAUUCACUUCACACCUGACUCCAGACUGCAGCAUCAUAAUCUCUCAGUCCUCCUAGCCGGAUGUUGGGAUGAAACAAGCAAUUACUGAAUCUUGCUGGAUAGACAGCGCCAUCUCCCUCUUUUCAUGUCGUGUUCAAUGUGUGAGCUUUUACAUAAGAGACUCCUCGCCUCCACAGAGAGCUGUGGCAAGCAGCUUCCCUCUUCUGAAAGGGGUCAUCGACCCCCUUAAUUUCACUGCGCCAGGAUGACUUAACUCUAUUCCAGGGAGAAAAACCAAAGCACAACACAGUCUCUGUUAAAUGCUGUCACAAUAUCUAAAAUAUUUGUAUGUAUCCUCAAAUAUAGACUCCCGAGACAAUAUUUUACCUGUGGCUUUUCCUGGCAAAGCUCAGACAUUAAAGCCUCUUUUUGUCGCUUCAGCCUGCACCUUUGUCUGUACACAAAUCUACCCAGGCUUAAUUUCUUCCUGCUUAGGUAAAGUAUGUGAGUCUUGACUUUCUCACGCCUCAUGUUAUGUCAUGACUUGAGCCAUGCAGAGCAGAUAGGAGGCCCUCUGGACCAUGUAGACAGUGACAUAAUCUACUGUUAUUCUGUGAGGGAUUACUCUAAUUUUAGCCAUCAAAAGAACAGCUAUUCAGGCAUUCCUGUGAAAUCCAGAGGCUGUGUGUGCAACUGAGCGGUAAAGUAACCGUUAAACCCACUGCACCUAAUGUAACACCCCUGUCCUCACUGACCGUGGGCAACAUGAGACGGUGCUAGGCCACUACCAUUGCUUUGACCAGGUGGCCUAGUUGUGAAUCAGGACUGAGGAGGUCUAUUCCAAAAGCCUCUCUCUUCAGCCUUGGCCUAUGAAUAGGAUGUGUGGUGGGCUGCAGAGUGCAGACCCAGGCUGAGGGGACAGUGGAGGAUAUGUGUCAGAGCUGGGCUUGAUGAGUCCAGUCCAGGAAUGUGGUAGUGGGAACGGGACUGGGGUGCGGCGAGGCUGGGGGAGGCCAAGGCGAGGUGGGGAGAAUGUGGGCCAUGCUCCAGAUCCACUCAGGUUCCUCCAUGCUCUGCUGUCUCUCUCUCAGGAGGGAAAUUAACAUUGUCUUGACCCUGGUAAUGUGCUUGCAGAGGGCUGCAUUUACAUGACUGAAGAACUUAAUACUCCCCUUCCGCUUCCCCCGUAAUGGAGAGGAGUGUUUACCUCUGGCUGGACUUCCUGCAGGGCUGUUAAUGAAGCCUAAUGUUUAUGUUUCUGACAGAAGUUACUCUCAAAGUGCAAUCAGAUCACUGAAGUUGAGCUGCAUACUGCAGCUAUGACACUGUUGCUCACUCAGUUGUUUUCCAUAUUUUUCCUCCUGCAGAGAAACUUGCUGAAGGCCAGAGGCGUUUCGCCACCCUGCAGAAUGAGCUGCAAUCGUCUCUGGAUGCGCAGCGUGAGAGCAAUGCGCCAGGCCUCCGCAAACGCAAGACGGUGUUCCACCUGUCCCAGGAGGAACGCUGCAAACACCGCAACAUCAAGGACCUGCAGCUGGCAUACUCAGAGUUCUACCUCAGCCUCAUCCUGCUGCAGAACUACCAGGUUAGUACCCUUAACCCUAAACCCUACACACUACCCCUAGAUACUAGCUCCGCCUCAUCCUGCUGCAGAACUACCAAGUUAGUACCCUAAACCCUACACACUACCCCUAGAUACUACCUCAGCCUCAUCCUACAGCACAACUACCAAGUGAGACCCAGUCAGCCUGUCUCCACACCCUCUCAUCUUUCUGUUUGAUGCUGCUAUAAGCAUAAAAUGUCUCUCUACAUCUCACUCUCUCUCUAUCCAUCUCUAUCCAUCUAUCUUUAUUGGUGUCAAUUUCUUUCUCUGUUUCUCUCUUUAUCUCAGCAGAAUAACCGUUCAGUCAUUGUCUCCUGUUGUGUCUCUCUGCAGCGCUUGCUCAGUUCAGACUUAACCCCAGGAUUGGUCUUUCUCCCAGAAUCUGAACUUCACAGGUUUCCGUAAAAUCCUGAAGAAGCAUGAUAAGAUCCUGGAGACCCCCCGCGGGGCUGACUGGCGUGUGGCCCACGUGGAGGUGGCCCCCUUCUACACCUGUAAGAAAAUCACCCAGCUCAUCUCUGAGACAGAGGUACGUAUGGAACCGAAGCCCCUGGCUGUGGAGGUGUAGGCAUUGUUGAGGUUAACUAUUUUCCGACAAUGUUUACUCUGUCAGCUAUUUUAGCUAGGUACAAUCAUGAAAUUACGAUUGUCCAAAUUUCUCAUUCUAGCAUAGUCUGAUCCUGGUCUUUGACUCCCAUUGAAUAUGUUGUAUUGCAUUCUAACCGGUUCAUGACUGAGCAAUUGAUUUGCCCUCCCUUUGACAUGUCUUUGUUGUGUGUUUGUCAGGCUCUGGUGACCACAGAGCUAGAGGGAGGGGACCGUCAGAAGGCCAUGAAGAGGCUGAGAGUGCCUCCACUAGGGGCAGCACAGGUGAUAGAGACUGCACCAUAUAUUUACUAGAGUGUGUAUUUUAGUUCGUUAGUGGACAAUUAACCAAUCACUUUUAGAUAAUUCCAGCUUGUGUCAGCAUCUCAUCAACAUCAACAUUCUAUGGCAGAUCGACACACUUCCCACUCUUCAUCUCCUUCCUGCUGUGUUUAUAUAUGUAUGUGACACACUCACUCUAUUUAUCCCCACAGUAUCGAUCCUGUAAUAGGCUCUCCAAACUAGGCUGGACAAAUGACUUUUUCCACAGGGGAUGAGAUAAAGGGGGCUGGAGAGAGUGCUUCACAUCCCCUAUCACAUAUCCCUCAGAUCUAUAGCUGUAUUAAUAUCAAUGUCAUUCCCAGCCUGAAUUGUGCUAGAUCCAAAUGGCUUGUCCAGAUUCCCUGUGGGAACCUUUUAUAUGACUUGUAUUUUUAGCACAUACCAAAGUACUUGACGAUAACACACUUUAAUAUAAGGACUCUUUCUAUACCAUGCACUGAAUUGUCUGCAGCACAACCAGAAAAAGGUGAUCUAUUCUUUGAAUGGUUUCUGCUUCCCUGGAUAACAGUGUCUAUCUGUCAAGCUAAAUGAAUUAGUAAAUGCCAAGCGCGGUUCUCAAACUGUGUGCCUGACAACAUUACAGUGGAGCCUAGAAGACUUGCUGUCACGCAGGUCUAGUAACUGGUAAUUGCUUAUCUCUGUUAUUCUCUGCUCCUUCCUGCAGCCUGCUCUAGCCUGGACUACCUUCCGCGUUGGCCUGUACUGUGGGGUCUUCAUAGUCCUCGCUAUCUCCUUCAUCCUCACUGGUACGUUCACACACAACCAUGCUAAUAAGGCCUUUUUACUGGGGGAUUAGCUAACAGAUACAGAGGAAAUGGGGCUUAAUAUUGAGACUUGGCAUUAGGGGGAGCUCAAGUUAGUUUUGCAUACUGUAUUGUAGCGUCAGAUAUUUGAAGGAGAAUGACUAUUAUUAUUUUUCAGGUGCUGUACUCAUCCGGUAUGAGAACGUGUGGCCUCUUGUGCGUAUCUACCGUGGUGGCUUCCUGCUGAUCGAGUUCCUCUUCCUGUUGGGCAUUAACACCUAUGGCUGGCGCCAGGCGGGGGUCAACCACGUGCUCAUCUUCGAGUUGAACCCUCGCAGCAACCUCUCCCACCAGCACCUGUUUGAGGUAAGGGAGAAGGGAGAACCAGGGGAUGCACAAGGACAAUGAACAAUAAUAGAGUCAGACAGUAUACUGAGAGAAAUAGAGGAAAUAAUGGAGAGAAAAAUCAUCUUGUGUGAUCACCAGGGAGCGAAUGCACUGAAUAAUGGAAAUAAAAAAUUGUCAAUAAUCAAUACUAAUCUGAAGAUUUACACUAGGGUUUUUUUUCUGAUCAUAUUGUGAAGGACAAUGUGUAUACUGCUUUAUAAAGGAAAUUGACUGAGAAUUCGAUAGUGUUGUGUCACUAUUUUCUUUGUGUCUUCCGUAGAUUGCAGGAUUCCUGGGGGUGCUGUGGUGUAUGAGCAUCCUGUCCUGUCUGUACUCUGAGUACAUCAUGCUGCCCAUGCAGGUCAACCCCCUCAUCCUCUACGGCUUCAUGCUCCUCUUCCUCAUCAACCCCUUCAAGACUGGCUACUACAAGUCCCGCUUCUGGCUGCUCAAACUUCUGGUGAGCUCCUUCUCCACUGGAACUACUGUAUUAUAAUGAUGAAAUUAAAUCAGUACAAUGAAACCCGACUCAAUUGGUGUUUGUGUGUGUGUACAACACUGUAUUUGAUACCUAUCUCACAUUCUAUAUUGUGUUCCAUGUAUCCAGCUUAUAUUUUCUUUGUCUGAUGUUUGCUGGCUUGGGGGAUGGGGAGGAUUCUGUUUGUGUGCGAAACAGAGGCCAGUGGAGUGAGGGAUAAUAGGAUAAAUCAAAUCAAAUCAAAUUUUACAACAGGUGUAGACCUUACAGUGAAAUGCUUACUUACAAGCCCUUAACCAACAAUGCAGUUUUUUAAGAAAAAUAGAAAAUAGCAAAUCAUUAAAGAGCAGCAGUAAAAUAAAAUAACAGUAGGGAGUCUAUAUACAGGGGGUACCGGUACAGAGUCAAUGUGCGGGGGCACCGGUUAAUCAAGGUAAUUGAGGUAAUAUGUACAUGUGGGUAGAGUUAAAGUGACUAUGCAUAAAUAAUAAACAGAGUAGCAGCAGCGUAAAAGAGGAGGUUGGGGUGGGGUGGGGGGGCAAUGCAAAUAGUCCGGGUAGCCAUGAUUAGCUGUUUAGGAGUCUUAUGGCUUGGGGGUAGAAGCUGUUAAGGAGCCUUUUGGACCUAGACUUGGUGCUCCGGUACCGCAUGCUGUGCGGUAGCAGAGAGAACAGUCUAUGACUAGGGUGGCUGGAGUCUUUGACAAUUUUGAGGACCUUUCUCUGACACCGCCUGGUAUAGAGGUCCUCGAUGGCAGGAAGCUUGGCCCCUGUGAUGUACUGGGCCGUACGCACUACCCUCUGUAGUGCCUUGCGGUCGGAGGCCGAACAGUUGCCAUACCAGGCGGUGAUGCAACCAGUCAGGAUGCUCUCGAUGGCGCAGCUGUAGAAUUUUUUGAGGAUCUGAGGACCCAUGCCAAAUCUUUUCAGUCUCCUGAGGGGGAAUAGGCUUUGUUGUGCCCUCUUCACGACUGUCUUGGUGUGUUUGGACCAUGAUAGUUUGUUGGUGAUGUGGACACCAAGGAACUUGAAGCUCUCAACCUGUUCCACUACAGACCCGUCAAUGAGAAUGGGGGCAUGCUCAGUCCUCUUUUUUUUCCUGUUGUCCACAAUCAUCUCCUUUGUCUUGAUCACGUUGAGGGAGAGGUUGUUAUCCUGGCACCACACGGCCAGGUCUCUGACCUCCUCUCUAUAGGAUGUCUCAUCGUUGUCGGUGAUCAGGCCUACCACUGUUGUGUAUUCGGCAAACUUAAUGAUGGUGUUGGAGUCGUGCCUGGCCAUGCAGUCAAGGGUGAACAGGGAGUACAGGAGGGGACUGAGCACGCAACCCCGGAGGGGCCGCCGUGUUGAGGAUCAGCGUGGCAGAUGUGUUGUUAUCUACUCUUACCACCUGGGGGCGGCCCGUCAGGAAGUCCAGGAUCCAGUUGCAGAGGGAGGUGUUUAGUCCCAGGGUCCUUAGCUUAGUGAUGAGCUUUGUGGACACUAUGGUGUUGAACGCUGAGCUGUAGUCAAUGAAUAGCAUUCUCACGUAGGAGUUCCUCUUGUCCAGGUGGGAAAGGGCAGUGUAGAGUGCAAUAGAGAUUGCAUCAUCUGUGGAUCUGUUGGGGCGGUAUGCAAAUUGGAGUGGGUCUAGGGUUUCUGGGAUAAUGGUGUUGAUGUGAGCCAUGACCAGCCUUUCAAAGCACUUCAUGGCUACAGACGUGAGUGCUGCGGGUCGGUAGUCAUUUAGGCAGGUUAUCUUAGUGUUCUUGGGCACAGGGACUAUGGUGGUCUGCUUGUAACAUGUUGGUAUUACAGACUCAGUCAGGGACAUGUUGACAAUGUCAGUGAAGACACUUGCCAGUUGGUAAGCGCAUGCUCGGAGUACACAUCCUGGUAAUCUGUCUGGCCCUGCAGCCUUGUGAAUGUUGACCUGCUUAAAAGUCUUACUCACAUUGGCUACGGAGAGCGUUAUCACAUAGUCAUUGGGAACAGCUGAUGCUCUCAUGCAUGCUUCAGUGUUGCUUGCCUCGAAGCAAGCAUAGAAGUGGUUUAGCUCGUCAGGUAGGCUUGUGUCACUGGUUGCACAUUUAACAUGCUGGUAGAAAUGAAGUAGAACAGAUUUAAGUUUCCCUGCAUCAAAGUCCCCGGCCACUAGGAGCGCUGCCUCUGGAUGAGCGUUUUCCUGUUUACUUAUGGCCUUAUACAGCUCAUUGAGUGCAAUCUUAGUGCCAGCAUUGGUUUGUGGUGGUAAAUAGACAGCUACAAAAAAUAUAGAUGAAAACACUCUUGGUAAACAGUGUGGUCUACAGCUUAUCAUGAGAUACUCUACCUCAGGCGAGCAAAACCUUGAGACUUCCUUAGUAUUAGAUUUUAUGCACCAGCUGUUGUUUACAAAUAUACACCGCCACCCCUUGUCUUACCGGAGUCAGCCGUUCUAUCCUGCCGAUGUAGCAUAUAUCCCGUCAGCUGUAUGUUAUCCAUGUCGUCGUUCAGCCACGACUCGGUGAAACAUAAGAUAUGACAGUUUUUAAUGUCCCGUUGGUAGGAUAACCUUAAUCUUAGGUCGUCCAAUUUAUUUUCAAAUGAUUGAACAUUGGCUAAUAGGAUUGAUGGAAGAAGCAGUUUACUCCCUCGCCGUCGGAUCCUUACAAGGCACCCCGACCUACGUCCACGAUAUCUCUGUCUCUUUCUCAUGCAAAUGAAAGGCGUUUCCCUGGGUAUGUGGCGGCUGUGACUGUGCAAUCAUUACAGGGAUGGAUCCAUCAGUAUGCUGCUCCUCCAACCUUCCCCAUCUCCCAAGCAUCCCCGUCCCUCCCUGAGCCAUUCCCAGCCCUCUCCAGCUCUGAUUGGGCUCCACUUGGGCCUGUGCACCAUUAUGGAGAUGCACACACCCACACUGAACACAGGCACUAACCAAAAUCAGGGAACAAAUCAAGACAGAUACGCUGGUGUGUUAGUUUACGCAAUGAAUACAUUUCAAAUAAUUUGUAUCCUCUGGAUGUCUAGAAUUUCUUUGUGUGAUUGGGAUGGUGUGGGGAUUAGUAAGGACAUAGAUUGACAGGUAGAAAUCCUUAAUUAUCACACAUAUAUAACAGCUUGAAUCAAUACUGCAGCUGAGACAACCUGGGGACUGGAUGAGGCUGUAUAGUGAGGCUGCAGAGCAUACAGAGAGAUGGGCUUGUGAAAUGUCAGGCUAGUCCUGGAGGCAAGAGGGUGAGGGGAUCAUUCCCAUUCACCCACAGUCUCAUUCACAGACCCCUGAUAACAUAAUCCAGUCUCAACAAAAAACAUACCUAAAACACUAGUUAACCCAAUCUUAUUAGACUAUAUUAAAUCAAACUGCUACAGAGGCUCUGCAGCUGACCCGGUGCUGCUCCCAGACUGUCAUGUUUUGUGCAUGUGUGGUGUGUCGGGUUGGAUACUGUGUGUGUCAGCGAUACUAUUUCUGGUGUGGCAACAGCCCUGUUGAAUGAGUGACAGAUUGACACACUCCAACUAGAGCCUCAUUAGGCUUUCCAUACGUAUCCACCAGUUAAUUUACUGUAGGGAGACGCAAGGACUGCUGGCUGCUACAGGGCUCAUGCCCUCAACACGUUCCAGCUCAUUUUGCUCUGCCCUCUCCCCUUCCACUGCUCUAAUACCCUGUACAUGACAACCUCCUUAGCUGCAUGACAAUGAUCUUCCUCCAUGUUGAAGUCUUGUGUACACGAUUGGAGCCGAGGUCUCUGCAUUUGUGUCCCUUCUUUUUGGUAAUUUGUACUGUCUGUUUUGCCUUCAUGUGAGACAAGCAUGGGAGUUCUAGUAGUAUUAGUAUGCAGAGGUGUACUGUAGAUAGAAGAGCUGUCAAUGUUUUCAUAACCUCAGACUAUUUCAAUAAGCAUUGCACCCCCCCCUUCAGUGUAUAUGUCUUCUAUGGGACUACUAAACCUGUCUGUCUGUCUCCCCAGUUCCGUGUGUUCACGGCGCCGUUCCACCGCGUGGAGUUUGCAGACUUCUGGCUGGCCGACCAGCUCAACUCUCUCGUGAUUGUACUGAUGGACCUGGAGUAUCUCAUCUGCUUCUACAGCUUCGAGCUUAAAUGGACCGACCGCAAAGGCCUCCUGCCCAUGUUCAACGGUGAGUUAGUGCAAUGGCUCCCUUUAGGUAGGAACUAGUUAUGGUCUUAGUACAGGACUGGGGUGAGGUAACAGCCGAAUGUAUGUUACCUAUACAGUAUAUCAUGCUGGUUCAUCAGCUCUGUUUAAACUCCUUUAUAACAGUAUUGUUUUGUUUGGGAGAUGCAGUGCCUUCGGAAAGUAUUCAGACCCAUUGACUUUUUCUACAUUUUGUUACAUUACAGCCUUAUUCUAAAAUGGAUUAAAUAAAUACAAAUCUUCAGCAAUCUACACACAAUACCCCAUAAUGACAAAGCGAAAACAAGUUUUUAGAUUGUUUUGCAAAUUUAUUAUAAAUUAAAAACAGAAUACCUUAUUUACAUAAGUAUUCAGAUCCUUUGCUAUGAGACUCGAAAUUGAGCUCAGGUGCAUCCUGUUUCCAUUGAUCAUCCUUGAGAUGUUUCUACAACUUCACAGUUGACAGCGCAUUUCAGAUCAAAAACCAAGCCAUGAGGUCUUAGGAAUUGUCCGUAGACCUCCGAGACAGGAAUGUGUCGAGGCACAGAUCUGGGGAAGGGUACCAAAAAAUGUCUGCAGCAUUGAAGGUCCCCCUCCAUCAUUCUUCAAUGGAAGAAGUUUGGAACCACCAAGACUCUUCCUAGAGCUGGCCACCUGACCAAACUGAGCAAUCGGGCGAGAAGGGCCUUGGUCAGGGAGGUGAUCAAGAACCCGAUGGUCACUCUGACAGAGCUCCGUAGUGCCUCUAUGGAGAUGGGAGAACCUUCCAGAAGGACAACCAUCUCUGCAGCACUCCACCAAUCAGGCCUUUAUGGUAGAGUGGCCAGACGGAAGCCACUCCUCAGUAAAAAGGCACAUGACAGCCCGCUUGGAGUUUGGCAAAAGGCACCUAAAGACUCUCAGACCAUGAGAAACAAGAUUCUCUGGUCUGAUGAAACCAAUAUUGAACUCUUUGGCCUGAAUGCCAAGUGUCACAUCUGGAGGAAACCUGGCACCAUCCCUACGGUGAAGCAUGGUGGUGGCAGCAUCAUUCUGUGGGGAUGUUUUUCAGCGGCAGGGACUGGGAGACUAGUCAGGGUCGAGGUAAAGAUGAACGGAGCAAAGUACAGAGAGAUCCUUGAUGAAAGCCAGACUGGGUCGAAGGUUCACCUUCCAACAGGACAACGACCCUAAGCACACAGCCAAGACAAUGCAGGAGUGGCUUCAGGACAAGUCUCUGAAUGUCCUUGAGUGGCCCAGCAAGAGCCCAAUCGAACAUCUUUGAAGAGACUUGAAAAUAGCUGUGCAGCAACGCUCCCCAUCCAACCUGACAGAGCUUGAGAGGAUCUGCAGAGAAGAAUGGGAGAAACUCCCCAAGUACAGGUGUGCCAAGCUUGUAGCGUCAUACCCAAGAAGACUCGAGGCUGUAAUCGCUGCCAAAAAGGGUGCUUCAACAAAGUACUGAGUAAAGGAUCUGAAUACUUAUGUAAAUGUGAUAUUAAAUGUAAAUGUAAUAUUUCAAUAAUUUCUAAAAACCUGUUUUUACUUUGUCUCAUUUAAUCAAUUUGAGAAAAAGGCUGUAACCUAACAAAAUGUCGAAAAAGUCAAGGGGUCUGAAUACUUUCCGAAGGCACUGUAUGUACUGAGGUGAAAUGGUUUAGCUCAAUCUGACUCCUGUCAAUAGAAACUGUUGUCCAUGUUCAGUGGCGUAUGUCUGUUCUGUCUGUCUGGGAAAUGAGUCAUUAAUGGUUCUCCUCAGUAAUCUGCAGCCCAACAAAUCAGCAGCCAGGUAAUUAUUUGGAAAUGCUUGUGUCCAGCUAGCCUUUGCCGAGUCUCCAACAACUGGAUGUUCCGGUUUUCAGGCGACACUCCAUCUUCACUCCUCCUGCACAUUUCCUGGAUUGGUUGGACAGUGCAGAAGAGAAGCUCCCCCAACAGUUUUUUUUCUUCUCGUUAAGACGAGUGUGUAGGACAGCGGUUCCCAAACUGGGAACUUUCCAAAAUCUGAGAUUUUUUUUAAAUACAAAAACAAAUAUAUCGUCUUUGUAUCUCAAAAUCAAUGUAAAAAUCUAAAUUAAAAUUAUUGAAAUCUAAAAGAUUAAAUUCAACCUGGGUGCCCUUAGAUCGUGGGAAAGGCUCGAAAGGUCGCACUUGACUGUUUCGCUUGAAUUGGAAGGAUUCAAGUGCAACAGUCAAGUGCAGCCUUUCGAGCUGUCAUGUGAAUGAAUGCUGCAGACAAAGCAUUCACGGGUCAUUACGGGGGAGAUUUGGUUCCUGACUCAAAGGGAAUACCCUGCCGUCUCCCUCAGAGCGUUAAAACUCAUGGUACCCUUCACCAGCUCUUAUCUGUGUGAAGCUGGAUUCAGCAGUGCUCUCGUCUACAUUAAAACCAAAUAUCGAAGAAAAAAAUUGGAAUCCCUGAUGUAGGGGAUCUAGGUUCAGGCGUUUCUUUUACGGCUGUUAGGGUCCAGUAGUGAGACUUUCAUGCUGAUUAGCUGUACACUCAAAAGGGCUGCUACUGCUCUGUGUGUGGGAGGGAUGGAGAGCAGCACAAUGCGGAAUGGCAAUGAGUCAGGGACUUCAGACAUAUAUAUAUUUUUUUUAAGUAGUCAUUUAACAGACGCUCUUAUCCAGAGCAAUUUACAGUAGUGAGUGCAUACAUUCUUUUCAGACUUUUUCAUACUCGUCCCACGUGGGAAUAGAAAACCCAACCCUAGUGUUGUAAGUGCCAUGCUCUACCAACUGAGCCACACGGGAAAGCUAACCCAGCAAUGACCAUGAGCUGUCUCUCUCAGUGAGCAGUGGUCUCUGUGGAGCAACAUGUGUGAGUCCAACAAAUCCAUGAAUGUCCAUCCUGGCAUCCUCUCAUUCCAACAGAACAAUACAAAAGGUCAAGCUGUAAGAAUGGUUGAUACCAGAACCAUAUACAAAAUGUAAAUAUGGAUGUGGUUGAUAAAUGUUUGUUGUUGUUAAUACGCUAUUUUCUCCCCCGUUCCGACCAGGUGAUUACACGUGCCAUAGUUACUCCUACGGUCUCCGUGCCAUCAUCCAGUGUCUGCCCGCUUGGUUCCGUUUCGUGCAGUGCCUCCGUCGGUACCGAGACACCAAGCGAGCUUUCCCUCACCUGGUCAACGCUGGCAAAUACUCCACCACCUUCUUUGUGGUCACCUUCGCCGCACUCUACAGCACCCACAAAGGUAAGGAGACACACCCAGCUCUCUGA